UGUAGCCAUUGUUGUUUUGUAAGAGGACGAGUAGAGUCGAGUCGGGAUGGGGAACGGGUUGGCAACUGAGCAAAAGAACAGGGAGUCGUUUGCACAACACAAGAGUCUGACCGGUACACAGAGGAAAACGUUUGGGAAUCGAAAACUAAGAAGGAGUCCGACUGAUGUGGCUUGGAGAAGUCAUUUUCAAAGCACUGAUGUGACGACUGAGCACGAUAGAAAUUUUGGGCAAACGAACAACUUGGCAACUGGACAGAAGGCGAUUGAUUCUGAACAACCAAGCAAUUUAGCAACUGAGCAAAGGAGUGAUUCUGGACAACAGAGCAACAAUUCAACAGCUGAGCAGGAGAAGUGUUAUGACCCAAAGGACACCACAUUUAUUUUCGCCGAUGGAGAAGACGACCACGAUUUUGAGUGCAAUGACUUCAAGUCUCGCAGAGCGAAGAUGUCCUGCGGUCAUACCGUCACCCCCAUGUCUCUAACCAACUGGUGUAAACAGCAGUUGGGUCAGGGUGAAAUCAGAUUUGUGUGUGGCCAACCCGGCUGUGAUGUUGAGUGGCCGUAUGACGAGGUGUGGAAAAUGGCUCUUCUGACCCCCGAAGAAAUGGAAAACUUUGAAAGGAAAAUGUUCAGUAGAGCUGCUAAAGAAUACUUGGACGUCAAAUCAUGUCCCGGCUGCAAGUGCUCUGCCAUGCGGAGCGACGUAAACAACCUGAGGGUCUGCUGCGUGAUAUGCACGGCUAAAACAAACGUGGCCUUUUCAUUCUGCUGGCAGUGUCUGGAGGAAUGGAAAGGUCCAUCUCCCUAUCCAUACCGGUGUGCAAAUGAAGGCUGCAUCAGUAAGACACAGGAAAUACUGAACACCUGCCAUGAUAUCACCUUUAAGGACGUGAAGGGGGUCUCUGGCUGCCCCUCCGUCCGGGCCUGUCCCACCUGUGGUUUGCUGGUGGAGCACAACAAAAGCAGAUGUAAAUACAUUGUCUGUCUGCGGUGUAAGGUGAAGUUCUGUUUUGUUUGUCUGAAGUGUUAUGAAGAGUGCCUGGACGAGGACAGAUUGUCUUUCUAUUUUUGUUGUGCGAGUGGUGUUGCCCCCAGACAGACCACCAUACCCAUGUGGCAGAGGAAAUAAAGUGACUGUUGAUUUAACAUUGUGGUUUCAGAAACUAAAGUAAAGUUGUGUUUGGAUUUCUUGUGUACGCCCAAAUGAAAGUAUCAGGAUUAAAAGCUUUAUUUGUAAAGUGCUUCAUGUAUCUGAGACUUGUUUUUGACUUAGUAUUUGGAAGGGAUGCAAACUCAUCAGGAAUGAAGAAGGUGACAAGUGAUUUUUUUAGUUUGUUUGGUCAUAUCAUUUUUAUUAUGCUAUUAUUUUAGCAUUAUUUAUGAGAUAGGAAACCAGCUGGCAAACAUUGACCUU